AUGAACUUCCUGACCAGCGAUAUUGAGCAGAGUCUCAACUAUUUUAUUCGAAAUGGUUUCAAUGUACAUCCCCAUUUUUAUAAUUGUGUCGGAGUUGAUGGAUUUGCAAUUGGACAACCGAGACAAUAUAUUGGAACAUAUUUUCUAACUAUGGGAAUUAUUUUAUUAAUGAUCUACAUCCCAUGCCUUAUAGUAAUUAGUAGAAGCGAUUUAAUGAAGUCUUCUUGUUAUAAGAUCAUGGUUUGGCUUGGAUUUCUGGAUAUUGGAUGCAUUUUGACCAAUUCUAUUGCUACCGGCUUCCUUGGAAUAAUGGGAGCAACAUUUUGCUCGUACCCAAAAUUUAUUUUCAUGAUGGGCUCUCUUGGAUGUGGAUGCUGGAUGGGAUCCUGUGCUACCUGUAUCCUUCUUGGAAUCAAUCGAUGUUGUGAUGUUAAUCAACAUCUCCGAAUCCGCACCAUAUUCAUCGGCCGGAAAAUCUACCUCACUAUAGCUGUCCCCAUUCUUUUUACAAUUUACUCGAUAUUUUUCACCAAACCCGUUAUAUUUAAUUCAAACUAUAUGAGCUGGUUCUUUAAUCCAAUGCUCCCUGGUCACGAGGCGACCGACUACAUAAACAUCGCACAUACCAUCAACAACUGUGUUGUUUCCCUGGCAACUACAGCAAUAUACUCGUAUCUAUGCAUUCUAUUGUUCGCCAAGAGCAAACAUUUCCGUUCAGAGUCGAUUUCAAGAACUCAGACUCAGAUCUUCUUCCAAUCCGUCCUGAUCUGCUCUUUCAAUGCAAUCGCUGCCUACAUCUAUGUCUACAUGCAAUUCUUCUAUUCUCCCCCAGCCGUUGUGCUUGUUGGACAGCUUGCAUGGCAGUGCGCUCACGGAUCCGUUUGCAUCGUGUACAUCACAAUGAACAAGACCGUCCGACGAGGGGUCAUCGAUCUUUUGGUGCCACGUAUCAUUAGAGAUAAGGCCAGAAUUGGCUCCAAUCGGACAACGACUCUUCGUCCGAUCCUUAGUGUAGUCGGUGUUGAGGCGAGGUUGACAACAAGGACUGGAAGUUCUGGACCUGUGUUUUAA